GCUCCCGCCGGCUCUGCAGGCGCCACUCCUCCGGCGGGGCGCGGAGCGGGGCCGGCUCCUCCCCGCGGCCGGACGGGCUCCGGAUGCGGCUCAGCGCUCGCAGGUACCGCGUUCCCCCGCCGCCCCCGGGUCGCUGCCGGGGCCGGGGCCGGGGCUGGGGCCGGCCGAACCGAGCCGGGCCGAACCGAGCUGGGCCGGGCCGGGCCGGCCCGCAGGGCAGGCAGCCCCGGCGAGGGCCGCCCGCCGGCGCGUCCCGUCGCCAUGGGGACGCGGGCGGCCCUUCGGUGCCGCCGCAGUGUGCAGCCCGGCCCGAGCAGCGCUCCGGCCCCGCGGCACUCGGGAUAAGGACUGCCGCUCUCCCCGGAGCCCCCGUGCCCGGGCGCUGCCCUCCGGGGCCGCGGGAGGCCGGGCUGUCGCCUGUGAGUUCGGGGCUGAGCCCGGGCGGAGCGCGCCCCUGUGUCCCGCCAGCGAUGGAGCCUGGUGCAGAGCUUGCCUGGCAGGGAACGUCUGGUAUCGGAGCAAAUAUCCCUUGCUAAAGCUCAAGACAACUAAUAAGAACGGUUUUGUAGUGUUUGCUCAUAUUUAGGUGUGCAGCUUUGCCUGUGGAACCACUGAAAGCACCCAGUGACUUCAGUGUACCUCGCAGAGGUUUCUGCAUUACCGCUGAUCCCCAGCUUCACUUGGCCGUGGUCUCCUGCAGCUUCUCAUCUUGUGAGAUCUAACUAUAAUAGUGUGAUCACAUUGUACUAGUGUGAUCUAAUGGACAGCUUUAGAUCACAUCGUAUAAACGACAUCAAUAUGGAAUAAAUUUUUUUUCCCAUGAAAAGAUCAAUUCUACAGUAUUGUUCCAUUCAUGAAAUAAUGCCACAUUUUACAAAAUCAUAUCAUAAUCGCACACAGUACUCUGUACCUCCUUCCUGUGCAUUAACUUUAGGGUGCACUAUGUGUUUCUUUCUGAGACGCUCAUCAACUUGCUGCUUAUUAAAAGCUAAGAUCUGCAAUAAUUUGCAUACAUGAUAUGAUAUCCGGGACAUGAUAUUUUUAGGAAGAAUCAACAACAGUAAUGUUAUAAAAAGUAAUAAAAAGUACAGUCUUGAAAGGUAGUGCCUAUUUCAGUAGUACCAUCUCACGUCUUAAAGCACUAUGUGCAGUACUAAUUUGGGGAAUUUUUAUUUUAGCCACUGCUCUAAGAAAAAUACGUCAUGGAUAAAUAUGAACUCAUUAAACAAAUUGGAGAAGGAUCUUUUGGCAAAAUAUUCUUGGCAAAAGGAAAAAUGGAUGAUGAGCCAUGUGUUAUCAAAGAGAUCAAUUUAACUAAGAUGCCUGUGAAAGAAAAAGAAGCCUCUGAGAAAGAAGUCAUUCUGCUGGCCAAGAUGAAGCAUGCAAAUAUUGUAACUUUCUAUGCUUCUUUGCAAGAAGAGAACAAACUAUAUAUUGUGAUGGAAUACUGUGAUGGUGGAGAUUUAAUGAAGAGGAUAAAUAUGCAGCAUGGAGUGCUGUUUGAUGAGGACCAGAUUCUCAGUUGGUUUGUGCAGAUCUCCUUGGGCUUGAAGCAUAUUCAUGACAAGAAGAUUUUGCACAGAGAUGUAAAAGCACAGAACGUUUUUCUUAGCAAUAAUGGAAGGGUAGCAAAGCUUGGGGACUUUGGCAUAGCGAGACAGUUGAACAGUACUACAGAGUUUGCCCAUACCUGUGUAGGGACCCCAUAUUACCUUUCACCUGAGAUAUGUGAAAAUCGACCAUACAACAACAAAACAGAUAUUUGGUCUCUUGGCUGUGUGCUUUAUGAGCUGUGUGCACUAAAGCAUCCUUUUCAAGGCAAUAGUUUGCAUGAGCUGGUGCUGAAGAUUUGUAGAGGACGUUUUCAACCAGUGUCUCCCAACUAUUCCUACGACCUGAGGAUAUUGAUUUCCCAGUUGUUUAAAAUAUCUCCCAGAGAUCGACCAUCCAUCAAUUCUAUUCUAAGGAAGCCCUUCUUGCAGAAACUUGUUCUCAGGCACCUGCCUCCUGAGGUAGCAUGGGAAGAGCUCAGUCACACUGUGGUACAUAGAAAAAGGCCUUCAGCAUCUCACUCUAGAGCCAAGCAGAUACAAGCAUAUAAACUUCAGAAAACAAGAGUCCAGGACCCAGUUUCUCUUGAAUCUGGAAUAGUGAUGCCUUUCAAGAAACAAGAGUUAUUUCAAAGAAAUGAAUGGAAGCCUCCUUCAAGAGUACAACAGCCUAUUAUUCAGCCACAGUCCUCCAGAUUUAAUAUGGCAGAAAGGCCAGGAAGCAUUAGAGUACAUGGUCAUUAUGGUCACUACUAUGAGAAGCUUGACAGCUUGGAAAGGAGAGCUAAUGCACAUUAUGACCUUUCUCAUAUCAGCCAAAGAGUUGAAGAUUACUAUGAACUAAAAGGACAAGUUGCACCUCCACCACCUGACUGGACUGCAGAAUUUCUUCAAAGGCGGUUUGAAGCCCAGCAGUACAAGAUUAAAGUGGAAAAACAGAUGGGACUGCGACCAUCCUCUGCUGACCCGUAUCAUGACCAAGUACAGCAGCAGAAAACAAAGGAAGAGCAUCUCAAAAACCAUCAGCAAAACAUGUCUAGAAAGAAUGAAAUGAAAGAACAGGAGUAUUUGAAACAAUUGCAGAAAAUUCGGGAAGAAUACCACAGUGAUAUAAAAGAAUUCAGAGUUAGAGCAGGAGUACUCCAGGAGAACCAGAAAAUACAAGAUAAAACCUAUCUUGUGAGGCAAGGAAAGGCUAAGCACCAUUCUGAAAACAAAGAUAUAUCUGGAACAGGAGAAGAGUCACUUCAGGAUAUGGAGGAAAACUUUAAACAUGUCAGACUCCAGGAUAGGCAAGACCAAAUAAUAUUAGAAAAGAGACAUAACACAAAAGGAGGAGUAAAAUUUGAAAUUAAUUUAGAUGUAUGUUUUCCUGAGGAAGACAGUAUUCAAGAAGCAGAGGUAUUAGAUAAACUCAAUGAGACUUUAACUUUUGUGGAUGGUGAGAAUCUUAAGGAGAAAUUGGUGGAAGUUUAUGAAAAUGAUACAGACAGAGCUUUGGAAAAACUGUCUGACUACCCAACAGAGUCCAUACAUGAUAUGAAAAAACCCAGAAAACAUUGGCAACCUGGAGCCCCUCAGACACUACUGAAUUUUUUAGCUGGUGCUGAUGUCACAUCUGCAUGUCCUACUAUGGCUGGAAAUGAACUUGCUCACCAUGUUAUUCUGCCUGAAGACAUCCCAGAAAAUAGGAAGCAGUGGAAACAGACACCACCAGAGACACUCCUGAGCAUCUUAGCAAAAGCAGAGCUAUCUGAUGAUUCUUUUAUCUGUUUUGAGGAAGACCAAGAAGGGAGAUUAACUAUGUUGCCUUCAGAAGAAAACAAGGAAGAUGAUUCAGAAGCAUACUCUGCUGUUGAUGUUGAUGAAGGUAGACUUGAGCCAAGAUCAGAUGGUGAAGACACAAAUUUUGAAGAUUCUGAAGAUGAACUCAGACAUGAGCUGGAGGAAUCUCUGGAAAAAUUGUCAACUUCUCCAGCAGAAGAGUCUCACAUCUUUUCAAUAAAUAAAGGUGAAACAGAUGAAGAGAAGAUGAAUUUACCUGACAAACUUGGAAAAUCUGAUGAUGAUUUAGAAAGUAAUCAUGGGUAAUUUGGUGUUGAAUCACAUGAAAAAGAAGGCUGUCAUUCUUUUUCUUUAAAGGAAAAACAAAGCAGGGUACUUUUCAGAGGUGUGAACACUGAAAAAUCCUCAUCCAGACUGAAAUGCUGUUUCAUCUAUUAUUCCUAACUGGACAUUAUUCUUAACCUGGACAUACCUGACAAGUCUUGCUUGAGCAAAUUUCUGAGUGUGUCCUCUGUUGAACCACUUUUGUAUCAUGUAAGAGAGUCUCCUAGUUUGUGUAUUUUAUUACCCUAGAUAAAUCAACUCCUUGUUUUAAGAAUCUCUUCCAUCUUUUCAUAAUCAAUGUGUACUGCCAGUACAGCUUUGUAAUCUACAGUUUCAUUACACAGUACUGACCCUAUGUAGUAACAGCAGCUGCUCAGGAGUUUUAUGUAGUAGCAGUAAAAGGGUUUAUUAGUGCCUUGAGAAUUGUGCAUUCGCCAGUUCCUAAUAAAACAUGUAGGUAGGUAGGUUCUUCCAACUGUAUUUUUCCACAUUAAAAAUUUCAUACAACCCAAGUGAAUCUUAAAUAAAGGGAAAACUAGUCUGUA